AAAUUUCACGAAAACUCCCCGAAGUUGAGGAAAAAUCAAAACAAACUUCAAGAAAACUUAUUAAAAAUUGAAUUUUUAGAGGAAAAUUAAAUUGAUUUUUCAUUAAAAUGUUAUCGUCAAUGGUGAAGGAGCAUCAAGCAAAGCAGGUGGCUAGAAAGGAAGAACAAGAUCAAAGAAGAAAAGCUGCGAUUGCUUCCUCAAAUGAGCUCACUCAAGCUCUUGUGGAUCACUUAAACGUUGGCGUUGCCCAGGCCUACUUGAAUCAAAAGAAACUCGAUGCGGAGGCAAAACAACUCCAUGUGGGGGCUACAAAUUUCGCCAAACAAACACAACAGUGGCUCCUGCUGAUUGAGGGGUUCAGUAGUGCCCUCAAAGAGCUGGGAGAUGUUGAAAAUUGGGCAAGAAGUAUUGAGAAUGAUCUGAGAAGUGUUACAAGUGCCCUUGAAAUAGCCUACAGAAGCGCCAGGGAAAAUCAUUAAGAGAAAAUUCCAAUUAUAUGUAUAUAGAAAUGUGAUUGUUUUAUUUGUUCUGCUUAUUGUAUUUGCAAUAAAUCAUUAAUAAGAUUA